ACGAAACACAACAGCUUCCAUCACAGAAAUUUUCACACAAAUUCAAAGUAAUAUGUUCAAAAUCAAAAUAUAAACAGCAAAAUGUUGUCGACAACAGUAGCUAAAAUUAAAAAAGUGUGCAGUAUCAUAUUGAUACCGAGGAUUAUACAGGGCGAAACAAAAAAUGGAACUCUGAAACCGUUGUGCAAAAAUUCUCUAUAUGGAUCUCGGGCAAACAAGACCACGAAAUCAACAGACAUAAACCAGGAUAACUUAGACCCCAACAAUAACACAAAGGCGAAUAUUCAGAGCUCAGUAAAUGAUGAUGAUAUAAAAAGAAGCGUUGCAAUGAGAAAGGAGAUUGAUUGUGAAAUCUGCAAUCAUUUAAUAAACCAAAUAUUUAAUAUAAGGCAAAAUCAAUAUGAAAGUCAAACUGCAGAACACGAGAAAGAAGAGGCAAUCGUGCAGGCCACUACAAGCAAAGAAGAUGAAGAACAGUUGGUACAGAAAGUUGAAAAAUUGCAGGAGCAUGCAAGUUUUGAAGCAGCACCACAAUUAGAGAAUCCUAACGUAGCGCCUACGGUUCUCGGACAACAACAUAUACUUGAUAUGAGUCACAGGGAUAAUUUUAAUGACAUUGAUUAUGACGCGGUAGCAAGUAGAUGUCUUGAUGCACCACCUAAUAAAGUUGAUGAGCGUAUCUUAAAUGAACUCAAGAAGGAAAGGGCAGCUUAUUUACGAAAUAAUGAGAAACUUGACCAGGUGGAAUUUGACGAAACGCUUAAAACAUGCACUUAUACAGAGAAAGGGAUAACAGAUUACCCCAUAGCAACUGAACAUUAUUACCUGGCUACUGACGUAGAAGAGCAAUGUACUUAUAAAGAUGAAAGAAUUCAACCUUUGCUUUUGGAUUCAGUGACACUUUAUGCAAUGAAAAAUGAGGACUUUCAAUCAAUGAUUGCAGGACCAUCUAUGCUAAAACCAUAUGAUUAUCAAAGCAUUAAAUUUUAUGAUUAUGUAUUUAAUGAAGUUGAAGUAGAAGAAGAACAGUUGAUGGAAUUGAAAGAAAAGGGGUUUUUUGUAGAAGAUGUAUCGACACUAACAGAGCCUUCCGUAAGUCCUAAAGAUAACGUAACGAUGUCUUUUUAUGACUAUAGUUUUAAGAAUAAUAAGCCAUUGAACAUGAGUCAGCAGGAACAAAAAUUUAUUGGUAAUAAUCAAGUGAUACCACCAGCUGAGGCAGACCUUGAAUUUGAAACAUGCAGCCCCGGAGCUAUUUCCCAGUUCGUUGUAGAGGGAACUGGUGAUUUAAAAACCAACGAAUCUGGGCAAAUUUCGCAUAAUACUGGAUAUCUUUACGUAAAAAAGGACCACUCAUCAGAAGUUCCACCUGAAGGCGAAUCACUUGACCAUAAAUUCGAAAUACAAGUUAAGCCAAACACAUCAAUAUCUGGUCAGCGUCCACCAGAUAAAAACCAGCAAAUAAAAGACACGUCCAAUACUGCUAUAUCAGCAAAUCAAUCCCCUGAUGAACAUUUUAAACAAUUCAUUUCGGCUGACUUCCAAGAUAAUAACGAAAUGCAGGAUAUCGCUUGGUCUUCAAAAACUGAAUCCUUGGAGAAAGAAAAACUGAAUGUGAAUUGUGAGAUGUCAAAUGAAUUUAUUGACAAAAGAGAGUUAUUAGCUAAUUUUAUUUUUGAUUCGCCGGAAAGAUCUCAAAAUGAAACAAAUGACAAGUUCUUAAGAACUCAGGCUACUAAUAUUGAAAGUAAAAUAACAACUGUUACGGGACCUUUAUCGGAUCUAUCAAAUGAUGAUACUCUUUCUUUGAAGGAAUUGUUGAGAAAAGUUCGUAGGCGUCAUCAACUAGAAUUUUGUCAGAAUUUUCUAAAAGAUUAUACAUUUCAAUUUGUUCAACCGAACCAAAAAUGUAAAGAUUCCGAUAAAAAAGCUCCUUGCCCUCUACCUUGUAAGCCGAAGGCCAAAGAAGAAUGCCCUCCACCGCCACCUAAAUGUCCAGAUAAGAAAAAGGAUCCCUGCGCCCCAAAAAGUCCAUGUGCUAAAUUCAUUUCGUCUCUACCUUUUGAAAUUCCUAGAUUCUUAUCUGGUCUAUCAGAGCCACCCAUGAUAAACUAUCAAAGAAGUUAUUCUACUUUGUCAAGUCCGCAUUAUUCAGAGAAUAGGUUGAAGACAGCUUUAAGCUGUGGUAAUAAUACUCGAAAGAUUAUUGAAGUCAACGAUUACAUAUUUCCAAAAAACUUUGAGCCGUGGACACCUAUACCAUCGUGGCCAAUACCCAAAAAGAAAAUAAACCACCCACUUGUAUGUCCCAAGGAAGGCUGUAAGGAAAUACCACCUCCACACCCAAACGAAAGAUGCCGCCCAAACGCGCCAUGUAGAUCGUUUCCUAAGAGAACUUUUUCACUGUCAGAAUUAUUGUAGAAUAUACAAGUAAAGUUUUUUUUCGGAAAUCAGGACAAUGUACCAACAUUAUUAUUAUUUGUAAUUCAUGUUAUCAACUAAAUCACACUUAUAAAUAAAGAAUUGAAGCUUUUGCCAA